GCCAUGGCUGCGCCGGGGGCUGCGCGGCCCCGCAAGGCUCUGUCUUCUGGAAGGCUGUCAGGAGCAGUUAAACUAACAAAUGGAAGAAAUCAGUUUGGCUUAAGGAAAGAAUGCCAUUCUGAUGCAGAAUUCUAUUCCACUGAAUCUGACAAUCAGGUUGAUACUAUUCAGAAUGGACUUGACCAUUGUGCAGCUUUACUGAAGAAUAUCUUACAAAAGGAAGCUACAGGAAGGGAGACUGUCAAUAAACAACCUGGGAAAACAGCUACCUGUAAAUUUACUUCCAAGCCUUUUCUAACCAAAGGAAACACCUCCAAGAAGAAAGGGUUGAAAAGAAUCAUUACUCCUGCCCCUGUCCAAAAAGAAAUUGUGCCAAUAUUAAAUAGAAAAAUUGCCUCAUCUACCACACUUCCUACUGAGAAGGAACUUUCCAGUGCAGCAGAGAAUCAGAUGGUUCAAUCAAUUCAUGUGCCUUGCAAUGAACACUCUCCUGGGGUGUAUCAGAAACUGUAUGAGCAUGUGCAAACCCAGAUGUCUCUGAUAACUGGCCAGCCCACACAGAAGAGUAAUGAAAUUCCUGCUGUAACUCCUUAUCCUACCUCGAACCAGGGAUGUCAAAAUGUUACAGCUUUGAAUUACCAGUUACCUACCUCCACAUCAGCACUGUCCCUGCAGCAUUCAGCUAAUCCUUUAUCCACUCAUUCUAAUAUUUUUAUGCAGGGUGGUCCUGUAGAGAGUGCCAAUGAAUGUGUUCCGGAGAUGGGAGGACCUGUGGUUUGCCCAGUGGUCGCUGCUGCUGCUGCACAAAUACAGUCUGGAACUGCUCCACCUGGUGUGAUCCCUUGUACAGCACCUGGAGCAUCAACCCCUUCAGUGCCUGCUUUGAUCCCAGCAUCCUCUGCCAGAGAGAUGGCCCCAAGCCAAGAGCAGCAGAUGAAAGAAGCAGAUGUGAUGUGGUGCAUACAAGCCCUGUUACAAUCCAAUGAAAUCCUGAAUGGCAGGACUGAACAGAGGAGCCAUCACCACUGUCCAGCAAAACAUGAUGGCUCAUGUGACACAGAGGAGGAUACUUCUGAAGAGCAGAGUGAGGACAUGGUCAGUGAAGAAGAUGAAUUGACUGUACUUGACGUGUCUCCAGUGAAAGAUACAAGCUGUAAGACAAGUUAUGUGAGGAAAGUUCUAAAAUCUAGAAAGGAAAGUCCAGAAGAAACAGCCCAUAAAGUUAGGACUAUAAAGCAUCUUAUGGGUGAGCUCAGAGCGCUGGUAAUAGAUCAAGGUGACUCAGAAAUGCUGAGGUUGAUGAGUGAAAUAGAAGACUCUGUAUCAUUGCUGCCAGCUGUAGUGGGAAGUACAAAUAUUCAAGCUGAAAUAGCUCUGGCUUUGCAGCCUCUGCGGAGUGAGAAUGCCCAGCUGCGCAGGAGACUAAGAAUAUUAAACCAGCAACUUAGGGGACAAGAAAGCAGUGAGAAGACAUCUGGACAGAGCUGCAGCUAUGAAUUGGUUUCUUUGCAGUCCUUGAAUAUGAUGCUCCAGAGUCAAUUAAAAGAAUCGCAGAAAGGCCUUGAUUCACUGCAGGCUAAAAAUGAGGAACUACUGAAAAUAAUAGAAAGUCAGAAAGAAGAAAAUAAACAUCUUGGAAAAGGUAUUCAAGAUAAAGAAGAAGAAUUGCUAGAAAACAAACAGCAUUAUGACAUUCAUUCCACCAAGCUAAAGAUUGAAGUGGAAGAGGCAUUAGGAACUGUGAAGAGCCUUCAGUUUAAGCUGGAAGCUUCAGAGAAAGAAAAUAAGAUUUUGGGCAUAACGUUACGUCAGCGUGAUGCAGAAGUUAAGAGAUUGAGGGAAUUAACCAGAACUUUGCAGGGCAGCAUGGCCAAGCUUCUGUCUGACCUCACAGGGGACAGUGUCAGACCCAAACCUGAAAAAGCUCUCUCAAAGUCUCUUUUGGAAGACCAUGAGAAGCAGAUGCAACCUGAGCUGUUUCCUGGGAGUACUUCAGUAAUGACUUACCUUAAAACAUUAGAAAUGGAUCAUAUUUUGAUAGAUACGGAUCUUCAAUUCCCAAAUAAAAUUGGAGAAGUAGAAAUGCAAAAUCUGUCCUAUGAAAAGUUUGCUGCUGAAGGAAGUAAAAUUAACAGUACAUUCACAGAAGAACGAACUUCAGCUCCCAAAGGACCACCAGCUCCAUUGAAGCAAGAUGCAGAAACAGGGAGUGAUUCUGGAACUUUACUAGAUGAUCAAACCAAGUUGGAUGAGACAAUUUAUAUUCCACUGACUAGCAGUGCCUCUAAAAAACAGCAGUCAGUCUCUGGAAGGAGCAGUGUGCUACCCCAGAGCAGAGGGGCUUGUCAGAGGCUGGAUUACCACUGUGAGUUUCAAAGCUCUGUGCAGCAGUAUGGAUGUGAGGAUUCAGCUCUACUGGGUAAAUUAAAUGCUGGAUACAGUGUGAAAAACAGUGUGGAAAACACACUUGAAGUUACAGGGGAUAAAGCAAAGCCAGAAGGAGACAAAGUCCAAGUGAGACCAAGAGGCAUUCCAAGUGGGGCUGCAAAAGAUUUCAUGGAUAAACCAGACCAGCCUCAGCCUGGUACAUACCCUUGUGCAUCGAUGCCAUUUCCAACAGGGAUUUCUCAGAAAACAGGCAGUAAAGCAGCUGAUUUUAGUUGCAUUUCAUUUGAUGAUUUCUCAGGGAGGUCUGACUGGAGUGCAUCUUCUUUCUCAACAUUUACUUCUCGAGAUGAAGAAGACUUUAAAAAUAGCUUAGCAGCCUUGGAUGCCAACAUAGCCAGGUUACAAAGGACUCUGCAAAGUAACAUUAGGAAACAAUGAGUAUGAGAAAGCAAAAUGGGCUAUAGCCAUUUGGAUAAUUUUUUUCUGAAGUAUAUUAAGUAUGGUACUGAUAUGUAUAUUUGUAUACAACUUGUAUUAACAAC